AUGUCCACAGCCCCACUGCACCGCCUGCAGGGAGAGGCUCUGGGCCACGAUGAGCCAGCAAGACUCCAGAGGGAGCGUCCUGGACACAAGGGGCUGGGGGUGGCCGGGCCUCCUGGAGCCCCUGCUGAUGUGGAGAAAGGGAGGGUGAGCGUGGGCGUGACUAACAGCGCAGAGGGACCCGGUGCACAGACCCCGGCGGGGAGGGCGCGUGACUCGGCGACCACACACCGGUUGGCGCGGGCCAGUCUGCACCCCAGCUGCCCCACCCCAGCUGUCCGCGGAGGACCACAGAGCCCGGGCGACCAAUGGGGCGGCCGAGCGACAACAGACCGCCGCAGCGGCCAAUCGGCGGGCGCAGCGAAACCAAGACCCACCGCCGGCGUUAAUACGACGCCGGAGCGCCAAGGCUGGCGCCGGCGGCGUCCCAAACGAACCGGCUCAAGCCAGGUUCGCGCAGCCGCCGAGGGAGGGCCCGAGUCGCGCAGCGGCAAGCCUCUCGGGGCGCCCGCAGGUCUCGGUGCUGGUGAGGCGCGGCCGGGACGCGGGGGACCAGGCUGGGGUUCCCCUCCGUCCACUGCGCCGCCGGCCGCUGACCGCGUCCUCUUCCGCCAGGAGGAGGAGUUCCGCUGGCUGCUGCACGACGAGGUGCAUGCCGUGCUCAGGCAGCUCCAGGACAUCCUCAAGGAGGCCUCUCUCCGCUUCACUCUGCCGGGCACCGAGGGGGCAGCCAAGCAGGAGAACUUCAUCCUGAGCAGUUGUGGCACAGACCAGGUGAAGGGCGUGCUGACUCUCCAAGGGGAUGCGCUGAGCCAGGCGGAUGUGAAUCUGAAGAUGCCCCGGAACAGCCAGCUGCUGCACUUUGCCUUCCGGGAGGACAAACAGUGGAAGCUGCAGCAGAUCCAGGACGCCAGGAACCAUGUGAGCCAAGCCAUUUACCUCCUCGCCAACCGGGGCAAGAGCUAUCAGUUCAAGACGGGAGCCGAGGUUCUCAAGCUGAUGGAUGCCGUGAUGCUGCAGCUGACCAGAGCCCGCAACCGGCUCACCACCCCGGCCACCCUCACCCUGCCCGAGAUUGCUGCCAGCGGCCUCACGCGAAUGUUCGCCCCGGCCCUGCCCGCGGACCUGCUGGUGAAUGUCUACAUCAAUCUCAACAAGCUCUGCUUGACCGUGUACCAGCUGCAUGUCCUGCAGCCCAGCUCCACCAAGAACUUCCGCCCAGCUGGAGGCGCCGUGCUCCACAGCCCCGGGGCCAUGUUUGAGUGGGGCUCGCAGCGACUGGAGGUGAGCCACGUGCACAAGGUGGAGUGCGUGAUCCCCUGGCUUAACGACGCCCUCGUCUUCUUCACCGUCUCUCUGCAGCUCUGCCAGCAGCUCAAGGAUAAGAUCUCUGUGUUCUCCAGCUACUGGAGCUACAGACCCUUCUGAGCAGAGCACCCCAGAGCCUGUCUCCCUGGCACGUGACCCAGGGCGUCCCGUCCCGCCCCUCACACCCUGUGUGCCACUGGAGCCAGGAGCCUGGGCACUGCAGACUAUUUAUUUCCCUCUCAGCCCCGCCCUUCCCGUCACAUCACACCCUUGGGAGCAGCCGCUGGGAGGGAGGGAAGCUGGUAUAGGCUGGCUUUGGAGGGAGGUCAGAAGGCGGCUGAGAGCAGGCCCACAUUCCGAGCCUUGCCCUCGAUGGGGAUCUUUGGACUCGGUGGAGCUGGGCUGGAUCUCUUCUCCCUUUCCCUGCUGAGCUCCACCCCCCACCCCGCCAACAGCAGGAUGGUGAAGGCAGCCGGACGCCCCCUCCUGCCACAGGGCAGGGGUGUGGGGGCCCUAACAAGCUGUGAGAGGGAAGGAGGGGAGUUGGGUGGCUUGGUCAAGCAUUGACACCACUGGUUGGGUUUAUUCUUCAACCCCACGGGGACCUCUGAGAAAUAAAGAUCUUCAGACUUUG